AUGGUUAUUAGUGACAGACCUUUAGGGACAUACGUCUUCACACAUAGUCCGCAGGACGCCUCCCUUUCUCUCUAUAAUCACUCUUUCCUCAAGCUCAACAGAUCGUCCGGCUCUCUCCUUGGAAAUCGAUUAACAGGUUCAAUCCCAAAAGAAUUUGGAAACAUAACCAGACUCAGAAGCUUAGUCUUGGGGACAAUCAGCUUUCUGGAGGUAUUCCUAUUAGAGCUUGGGAAUCUUCCCAGCUUGGAGAAAAUACUCCUAAGCUCAAAUUAUUUUACUGGGGAGUUGCCGGGAACACUUGCAAAUCUGACCACUUUGAAGGACUUUAGGAUUAGCAACAACAACUUUAAAGGAAAGAUACCCAAUUUCAUCCAAAACUGGACAAAACUCCAAAACUUGAUGAUUCAGGCUAAUGGUUUGGAUGGGCCAAUUCCUUCUGGAAUUUCUCUCUUGGAAAAUUUGUCUGACUUGAGAUUCAGUGACUUGAGUGGAAGUGAAACAGCUUUUCCUCCUCUUAGUAAUAUGAAAAACCUGAAGACACUGAUAUUAAGGAGUUGCAAUAUUAUGGGACAGAUACCUGAUUAUCUUGGAACAAUGACAAAUUUGAAAACCUUGGUCCAAUCACAAAAUGUCCUUUUUCAAGGCUACGAUGACAACCUUUACCACUUCAGACUGACAGAUAUAUGUUCUUGACUAAAGAUCAUUACUUCAUGAUUAACUCAGGUCUGGUGAAUUUUGAUUACUUCUGUCAAAUUCAUAAGAUCUUAAAUUAAAUGAAUGAUGAGGUUGUGUUUAUUUGUAAUUCAAUUGGGGGACUUAGUUUCUCUUAAUUUGGUUAUUUUCCAGUUGUAAAAAUGGAUUGUUGCAGUUUUUUUCAUGGUUCUUGUCUACGCUAGCGAGUCAGUAAGGAUCUACCUGUUUAGAAAUAUACUUAUGUAUUCUUUAACAAUUUUGAUGUAAAAGGACAUACAGGUUUCAUUAUUACAUUAUAUAUUGGGGAUGGUUUGGUCAAUUAUCUCUGGAAGUUUACAAAAUUAUCACUUACUGCAAUUAGUUGGGGUGGAGGCUUUUUUUUUAGUUAAUUUAAGUGUCAUUUAUUGUAUUUCUAAUUCAUGUUUACAAUGUCAAUCAGUGAAGUAUGAGUCAUCAUCUAGCAGUGUUCUUGGACCCAAUGUUAUUUACAACUCCAAGAAUCAAGGUGAUUCAGGUUCCCUUGGACAGAUGCAUAUGUUGUCUACAUCAGUUUUUCUACCUGAGUGACCUGAUCAACCUGAAUGCCGAUAUUUCAUUAACACUGGGAGAUGCAACUAUGGAUUUGAUUGCAAGUAUAAUCAUCUUAUGAAGGAAAGCUCAGUUGUUCAUCUUUCAGCGGCAGUCAGCACCACUACCACAACCACCUGAAUGACCAAUAUGAUUGUCUUCUCUUUAGUCAAUUGAAUAUUAAAGACAUUUGAGCAUUCUAGCUGAAUAUUUAGUUAAUAUUGUGUAAUCUUUUUGGUUAAUGGAUUAUUUGAGUUGGUAUGUUUUGUUGAAUAUUUGGCUAAUUAUAUUGUGUUGUAAACAUUUUAUUAUGAUAAUUAAUGGUUUAUUUCUGUCUCUCUUAUGCUGAA